AUGGCCUCAAGGCUUGAUCGCCUCCUUCUUCUUCUCGACACCGGUUCUUCGACCUCUGUGAGGAAUACUGCCGCCAAACAGCUCGCCCAACUCGCAGCCAAGAGCGUUAUUAGUGACGUUGCCCUCGAAGAGGACGUCAAGGCCGCCCACAAGCAUGUUUCUCAAAUCGAUCCUCAGGCAUGGGCAGAACUCAUGUCUGUUGUUGCUCGCAUAAUUCCCUAUCUUCAUUCUAAAUCCUUCGAAACACGAACCGCCGCAUCUGUUGCCCUUUCACAUACUUUUUCCUUAGUCCCAUUAUGGCAACCUCGAGAUCGACCAGAACUCGGCGAGGAAGAACCACUUGCACCUCCGGACUUCCCUAGCUUCUCUGUUCAAGAUUUAAUCGUCCAAGGAAAACUCCUUCUGGCGUCCGAGGGAAAAGAGUUCGCCAAACCAGCUGGGAUGCUCGCUAGUCCUGCUGAAGUCAAAAAGGCACGCAAGGCUGCGAUGAGCCGUCUUGGUCUCGACUUUCUCGACGAAGAUGAUCUUGAUAUUGAGAAGGAUCUCGCCGAUGAAAUGGAGGUAGACCUGGAGGCCGAUGCUGAAGUCCCAAAUGUCAAAAUCGAGGAAGACACGGAUAAUUGCUCCCCUGUGUCUCCCAUGGACGUCGACAGUAAGCCCAAGCAAGAGGGUUCAGCGCCAACAACACGCUCUGCUACCCCCGCCGACCCUUCGCCAGUCACUCCCGCAGAACCUGAGCCUGAUCUCAGCGCCCUUUCUGCUCGUGAGCGCAAUCGAUUAAAGCGCAAACGAAAACCUGGAAAUACUGCUUUUGUUGCUGCUCCGCCUCCUCCUCCACAAAGUGCCGGCGCUAAAUUCACUCCAGCAGCAUCUGGGAAUAAAGCACGACUCGUUGCGUCAGAAGACGUGAAGGCCCCAUUGACUUCCCGCCUCGGCACUCCGACAACUGAGAAAGUUGUCGUUGAUCCUUCUAAAGGUGGUGCAGUUUCUCCCAAAGCUGCGAAACAAACGCGAGUUCUCGAUGUGCGGCCGGGAACUUGGAUAUGGGAUGGUGUUGUAAGGGUGAUGGAGGUUGACUUAUUUAGUGCUGCCUGGGAAGUUCGUCAUGGUGCGGCAAUGGCUUUACGCGAACUACUCAAGGUGCAAGGGGCUUGUGGUGGUAUGCGAGAUGAUGGGACUAGAGCAGAAAAUGCCUCUGCCCACGAGAAAUGGUGCAACGAUCUUUCUGCCAAAUGCCUUUGUGUUUUCGUCCUCGAUCGGUUUGGAGAUUUCGUCUCUGACCAAGUCAUCGCCCCAGUUCGUGAAACUGUCUCACAAACACUCGCUGCUCUUCUCCUGCACAUGCCCCGGCGUUCUGUCGCCCAUGUCCACUCCAUCCUUCUUCAAAUGAUACAACAAAACUUUCCCAUUCCUCCUGCCCCUCCGAUCUUGACGACCAAUGGGCGAAAUACCAAACAACGACAAAAAACUCGGGUCCCGGACAAAGAUAGAACACAUAUCUGGGAAGUACGGCAUGCCGGUCUCCUCGGUAUCAAAUACGAGGUCGCUGUCCGCAGCGAUCUCGUGGCUGCCAACAUCAAGCCUCAAACCAAUGGUGACUCAAUGCUUGUAGACGACGACACAGAGGCUGUCAAGCAAGCAGAGAAGAAGGUUGACCUCGAUUUGAAUGGGAAGGAAGUUCUCAGCGGUGUUGUUGAGGCGGCUAUAUUAGGUCUCGGAGACCGGGACGACGAUGUACGCUCAGUGGCGGCAUCAUGCCUUCUCCCUGUCGCAGAACAUCUCGUUACACAACUGCCAGAAGCUCUCGACCGAGUUCUUUUGGUCCUGUGGACAUGCUUGAGCGACAUGAAAGAUGAUCUUAGUUCCAGCGUCGGAACCGUCAUGGACCUGUUAGGCAAACUCGUUUCGUAUGACCAGGUCAUUGCCAUCCUUGCUGGUGGAGACUUUGCGCUCCCCUUAACAUCUCUGGCCCCUACACUUUUCCCCUUCUUCCGCCAUACGAUUCCCAAUGUGCGUUUGGCUGUGGUUAAGACUCUGACUUCCUUCAUGGAAGUUCCAUCUCUACCGCGUGACUGGGUCCAAGAGGAUUUCAUGCGACUUGUCUUCCAGAAUCUGAUCGCAGAGGAGCGAGAAGAUAUACGCACUGCCAGCUUAGUUGCAUGGAGGACAGCAUUGACUGUACUAGUGCAGACCCCAGGAAAACUCGAAUCGCUUGCAACGCCACAACUUUUACUCGAUUGGUACGCUAUUGUCAUGACACCGAUCGGUAUGGCUGUCGAUACAACCAAAUUUUUCUAUCCCUCGGUCGAAAUCGCCAACAAUGGGGCGUUGGAGCGACACAACGUCGACAAAAAUAUGCUUGCCCAAGACCAGUCACUCAUCACACCUGAGAUCACAAUCAAGGCCCGGCUUGCUGCCGCUGCCGCUCUCGCUCAAGUAUUGGUCUUCUGGCCAGUUAAUGGUCCUUCGAUUGAUGAAACAUUCCAGCCAAUCUUAUGUCAUUACAUCGACUCGACGAGUAUGCUCCAGAAGUUCCUUACGGCUGUCAUAUCAGAGGAAUGGGCGCGGGAGUACGAUUCUUUACCACACGACAAACCGCUGACGGAAAAGUCGACUAUGGCCCACACGUUGAGCAACACGACAUUAACUUGGUUGCAAAGUCCUCCUCCGCCUGCUUAUCACGAGAUGUCGCUCACCCUCGUACGCAUUCAUGGCGAUUGCGUUGCCCUUCUCAAGUCAUUCUCGACGGAGUGCAAAUUGCCUAUGUCAUCUAUCCCAUUCCUUGGAUCCGAAAUCGACGUCACUGGCUCAAAAGAGGGCUGUUUCACCAUCGAAGUUGCUCAUCGCGCUGUUGGAGAUCUCUUUACGCAGCUUAAAGACAUGCUGGGACGCACCAAGAAGAAGGAGCUUGGUGUUAUCACAGAAAAGCGCUCCAAAAUUGUAGCCAGCAUCGAGCGAUAUGUGGACAUCAAGACGCAGCACGAUACACGUGUUGCGGCAGCGUUCGCGGCAGCAUUUGUUGCUUUCCAUAGCACACCAGACAAAGUCAGUCCAGUGGUGAAGGGCAUCAUGAAUGGCAUCAAGAAUGAAGAUAAUGUCGAUUUACAAACCCGAUCGGCCAUUGCGGUUGCCUCGUUUAUCGAGUUUUGUACCCGGAACAACAUCUCUCAGCCUCCAGACAAGAUUGUGAAGAACCUAUGCACUUUCCUCUGUCAAGAUGUUGAACAAACACCCGCGUUCACACUAGCUCGGAAGCAAACAGAAGGCAUUCUUUCGUUCCAAGAUAUCAUGAAGGCUGCGACAGUGUCCAAUGGCAAAGAUACAGGCAAAGAUAAGGAUAAACUGCCCGACAUACCACCGCAACAAGACGAAGCAAACAAAACACGACUCACCCGCCGAGGAGCUGGUUUCGCCUUUGAUCAACUUUCAGCCAAGUUCGGGCCACAGUUGCUAGAUACGAUUCCCAACAUGUGGCAAUUCAUGGCUGGCGGUUUGAUCAGUGCAUGUCAAGCAGAGUCGUCAACUGAGGCCGACACGCGGAUCGAAAAGCAGUACGGUCAAGAUGUAAUCGAUUCUCUGAGCGUUCUUCAAGCCGUAGUCCCCGCUCUCCAUCCUGAUUUGUGGCCCCGACUGACAGAAACUUUUCCGAUGAUGCAUCUUGCUCUGACCAGCCGCUUUGCCAUCAUCCGACAAUCAGCUGCCCGGUGUUUUGCCACCCUUUGCGACGUUAUGACCACCGACGCCAUGCGAUACGUUAUUGAGAACAUUGUUCCUCUCUUGGGAGACCCCUUGUCCCUCGCAAACAGGCAAGGGGCGACUGAGUUGAUAUACCACGUUGUCCAACGACUUGAUAUCAAGGCACUGCCAUAUGUCAUCUUCAUGGUUGUCCCCGUGCUUGGCCGAAUGAGCGAUUCGAACGAUGACAUACGUUCAACUGCUACAAACACGUUCGCGUCGUUGGUCAAGAUGGUUCCCCUGGAGGCCGGCCUACCCGAUCCACCUGGAUUUCCCGAUGAGCUUCUUGAACGGCGCAAAGAGGAACGACAAUUCCUGACACAACUGUUGGACGGGUCCAAAGUCGAAGAGUACAAACUUCCGGUCACUAUCAACGCCGAGCUGCGCAAGUACCAGCAAGACGGUGUCAACUGGUUGGCGUUCCUUGCCAAAUACCAGCUCCAUGGGAUUCUCUGCGACGAUAUGGGUCUCGGGAAAACAUUGCAGUCUAUCUGCAUCCUGUCCAGCAAACAUUUUGAGCGGGCGGAAAAGUUCAAGGAAAACAAGUCUCCUGAUUCGGUUCACCUGCCGUCUCUGAUCAUUUGUCCUCCCACACUUACCGGUCAUUGGUACUACGAAAUCCUCAAGUAUGCAGAGAACCUCAAGCCAGUACUGUAUACAGGCAACGCGAGAGAACGGAACAAACGAUUCUCCAAGCUCAAGUCGCACGACAUCAUUAUCACCUCCUAUGAGGUUGUCCGAAACGACAUCAACCAGCUUGAGAAGAUGAACUGGCUAUACUGCAUCCUCGACGAAGGCCAUGUUAUCAAAAACGCGAAGACCAAGUUGACUAAGGCUGUGAAAUGCAUACGCGCUCAGCAUCGCCUGAUUCUAUCAGGCACCCCGAUCCAAAAUAAUGUACUCGAACUUUGGAGUUUGUUCGACUUUCUGAUGCCCGGCUUCCUUGGGACGGAAACAUCGUUCAACGAGCGGUUUUCAAAGCCCAUUUUAUCCAAUCGUGACGGCAAGGCUAAGAAUGGGGAAGCGGCUGCGUUGGCGUUGGAGGCACUCCACAAACAAGUGUUACCGUUCCUCCUUCGACGCUUAAAAGAAGAUGUCCUUAACGAUCUCCCGCCUAAAAUCAUUCAGGACUAUUACUGCGAGCUAUCCGACGUCCAGAAAUAUCUCUACGACAACUUCUCUGGCUCGCAGGCACUCGCUUCUGCUCAGGACGCGGUCCAAUCCGGCCAGGAUGACAAAAAGCAACAUAUAUUCCAGUCGUUGCAGUACCUCCGCAAAUUAUGUAAUCACCCGUUGUUUGUUCUCAAAGACAACGAGGAGGCAACAAAAGAGGCUUUGUCGAAAGCCCCCGACUCGAAACAUGGGAUUCACGACAUCCAACAUGCACCGAAAAUUCUUGCCCUUCGCCAAAUUUUGACCGAUUGUGGUAUCGGCGGUACUGCUGGCCCCACUGUCGAUUCCGGCAAAAGCGAACUCAUCGACACAGAGCCUGACACUCGUGGAGUUUUCUCGCAACAUCGGGUUCUUAUUUUCUGCCAGAUGAAGCAGAUGCUGGAUAUCAUCGAGACCGAUCUUUUCAAGGAGCAAAUGCCUUCGGUCACCUACAUGCGUCUUGAUGGUAGCACAGACCCCAACAAGCGGCAUGCUAUUGUCCAGACAUUCAACGGCGAUCCCAGUAUUGAUUGCUUACUCCUCACAACGCAUAUUGGUGGCUUGGGCUUGACACUAACCGGUGCUGACACUGUCAUCUUCGUUGAGCAUGACUGGAAUCCUAUGAAGGAUCUCCAAGCCAUGGAUCGUGCUCACCGUAUCGGUCAAAAGAAAGUGGUCAAUGUCUAUCGGCUCAUCACGAAGGGAACGCUGGAGGAAAAGAUCAUGGGCUUGCAGCAAUUCAAACUUAAUAUUGCCAACUCAGUUGUUACCCAGCAGAACUCAGGUUUGGCGUCUAUGGACACUGAUCUUGUCCUCGACCUAUUCCGACGGACUGGUGAGGAAGAAGAAGCCGCUGCGGCAGCCAAAAGGAAGGCGAAAGAGUCGUCCGGUCCUGUCAACCAGAAACAUCUCCUCCAAGGCCUCGAAGAGCUACCGGCAGAAGACGAAUACCAGGGCUUGGACCUGUCAAGCUUCAUGGGUUCAAUUGGAAGAUGA